AUGGCUGUCCUGACACGGGUAGAACUUGGAGAAAAGAUCGGAGCAGGCCUUCCAACCUUGUCCAAAAAGGGUUUUCAGGGAUGUUUCAUUGCUCCUGGUGGGAGGUUCUUCAAUAUGCAUGGGUAUAAUAGUAUGAGUACUCAUUUCAAGGGAGAGAUUGUGGAUUGUAAUCCAGACGGUAAUCAAAGAUACGGAGUGAGAAGUUGCAAACGGGACAGAAAAAAUAUACAGUAUGGUCUGAGAGGGGUUUUGUUCUGGAAUUACGUCCAAAAAUUAGCUGCCCGGACUUUCCAUAUAAAUAUUAGUCGAUACUUAUGGGGCAAUUCCUCGUUCACAAUCAAAACCAGCACAAUCACAAAAACAGUCCAUGAAUCUUGCAGCAGAGGGAGAGGAAGUCAAGGAUUCGGAAGGAGCUUCACGCACGGAAAAGUGUCCUCCCCAUCCUCCUAA